GUGUUGUGAAUGCAUGUGAUUGGAUAAUGCCAGUGUUGUGUCUGCGUGCGAUUGGAUAAUGUAUGUUGUCGCAGUGGACCGGGCUGGGGCUAAUUUGAGCUCCGUAGUCUGCAGUGCCCUUUUCCUCCACAUGGAGUACGGAGGCCCCUCACUGGUCAACCCCCCCGACCAUCCCACCACCUCCAAAACUACCAGCGCCCCGCCUGCCCCCUCACACGCUCCCGAUAUAGACCUAGCGACUCCAGGACAGGGCCAGUUGGAGAAUGCCGAGGACAGGAAGGCGCUGUCUGUAAGUCUGCUGCACCUUUAACACUGGACUGCGGUCAUGGACCGUCUCGCACAGCUCUCCAUCGAGGACAGGGGACGAACAGUGAAGGAGACAGCCCUGGACCUCGAUACCAGGGUCUACAUGAAGUUCAUGAUGAAUCACUGCUGCUACGACGCCAUGCCAACCAGCUCCAAGCUCGUCAUAUUCGACACCACGCUGCAGGUGAAGAAGGCCUUUUUUGCGCUGGUGGCUAACGGUGUCCGGGCGGCUCCUCUGUGGGACAGCAAGCUGCAGUGCUUUGUAGGAAUGCUGACCAUCACAGAUUUUAUUAACAUUCUACAUCGGUACUACAAAUCUCCCAUGGUACAGAUUUAUGAGCUGGAAGAACACAAGAUUGAGACGUGGAGAGAAGUUUACCUGCAGUACUCUUUAAACUCGCUCGUCAGCAUCACCCCCGAGUCCAGCCUGUUUGACGCCAUCUACUCUUUACUGAAGAACAAGAUCCACCGGUUGCCUGUCAUUGACCCGGAGACGGGAAACGUCCUGCACAUACUGACGCACAAGCGCAUCCUCAAGUUCCUGCACAUCUUUGGGUCGAUGAUCCCAAAGCCACGCUUCCUCCAGAAGCGCAUCGAGGAGCUGGAAAUCGGGACGUUCAAGCAAAUCGCCACGGUCCAGGAGAGCGCCACGGUGUACGAUGCCCUGACCGUGUUCGUGGAGAGGCGGGUGUCGGCGUUGCCCGUGGUAACCAAAGAAGGAAAAGUGGUGGCCUUGUAUUCCCGAUUUGACGUGAUCAAUCUGGCGGCUCAGAAGAACUACAACAACCUGAACAUGACGAUGCGGGAGGCAGUGCAGGGGCGGGCCUGCUGCGUGGAGGGCGUGCUCAAAUGCUACCCCCACGAGACGCUGGAGGCCAUCAUCGACCGCAUCGCCAAGGCCGAGGUUCACCGCCUGGUGUUGGUGGAUAAGGAGAACGUGGUGAAGGGCAUUGUCUCGCUCUCUGACUUGCUGCAGGCCCUGGUUUUGACCCCGGCGGGCAUCGAUGCCCUUUUCCCUUAGCACCUGGGUGGUGUGCCCGCCUUCAAUGCUUCACAGGCUUAUCCUGCUCGGAGAUUUGAAGCUGAUGACACACAGAUGGCUGAAAGAACAGGAAGACAAAGACAAAGAUAGGCUUUGUACAUACGUGUAUUUGUCCAUAUGUACAGUGACUCUCAAAUGGACAGACAAUUAGACUGCCCCACAGUGAACUAGAGGACAGUUUGUCAUGUUUUAUUUUUUAUAUUGUCAUCAAGUGACUGACGUUUGGUUGUGUAUUUAUUUUUUUAAUGUUGUAAAUUGUAUAUAAUGUUUUGUAUUAAGUGGUGCAGCUGUGUUUGUUUCUGGAAGAUCAGCCCCAUCAGUCCACCUAUUUGAAGUGUUGUGUCGAUCUGUGGUGCCAUCCCAAUGGCUUGGUUCUGGUAUGUUGAAUGACCAUGGAAUAACAGUUUUUUCCUGUGCUCACAUGCACAUUUAAAAAAAUAAUCUUUUCUAAAUUAUUAAAUUUUCCACUAUUGAGAGCAUGGCGAUUUAUAUUACAGUGAUGAGCCAAGUCUAUGUAUUAAUUAAUUAUUUAGUUUUGUGUUUCUCAUUCACCUAAAUGCCAAUCAAUUUAAUUAGCUCAUAAACUGACAUAGCUACUGUAGUGUAUAAGUAAUGUGAAAGUAAUUUUAAAAAUCAACAUUAUCAUCUGUUAGGCCAUAAGUUUUUGAAAGUUUUACAACCAUUUGAGAAACAUAUGUCAAUUAUUUAUAAAUAAUUACUCUGCCAUCUCAGUUUGAUUAGAAAGAAAAGGGUGUGGAGAAUGUCCUUUUGCACGAUAUUGAAGAUUGCACCAAAAUUUUAGUAUUCUAUUUUACAAUUCUUUUUUUUUUUUUUGAUUGUCAACAUUUAGGUCCUGUAGCAUGAGCUGAAAAAUAUUUUCCACCAAAAAAGAUUCAUAUAGAAUAAUCACAUUUUCAGAUUAGUUCAUCAACCACUAUAUACCUGUAAAAAUGUGUGUGUAUACAAUAUUGUAUUCAUACUACAAUAAAGACAUGACAACAUACUGAAAAAUCUAAUAUGGGUAAAAGUCCUUUAAAUCCAGAACAUGUUCUUCAUACCACAGUGUAAAUCUAAUUAUGUAUGACACUGAUGUAUGACAACAGCUUUAAGUAAAGCCACUUUCACACAAUAACACAGCCCUGGAAGUUGUAAUCAUAGAGCUUAUCGAUUGACUGGUUUCAUUAUUUAAUGUAAAUACGUAUUUACAACAUACUGAUACAAAAAUUUAACUGAAAAACGACUCGCUUGUAAUGCACACACCGGUCCAGCAGAAGUCAGUAGUAGAUUAACUGAUGCAAUUCACACACAGCUCUUUCGUCGUAAACAAUAUGUGCUCACGUGACAGCGGGAUCCAAUGAUGUGGGACUCCUACGGGGUUUUUUUAAAGUCAGUUACAUACUCGGUGUACCCUCCUUGCUGAACCCCGUGAUCCUCAAAAUACAACAACAAAGUGGGGAGAAGAUGGCGAGUGAGGAGGGGACAGAACAGACCUGUGCUUCCUCCUCUGUUCUGCGUCUAGAAGCUCUCUUCUCACCCGAAGAAA